AUGGCACCUUUCCUCUCCAACACCGAGGUAGAGGUAUCCAAUCCUAGUUCUGCCAAACCAAGGCUUUACAUCCUAAGUGAUUUUCACCCAGAUGCGGUGAAAUACGCGCAAUCCCUCUUUGAUUGCGUCUUGUUCGAGGACCCCAGGGGUGCCCACUGGCGUUCCGAUGCGACCGCCAUCCUCAUCAAGGAUUACUAUAUCACGGAGAAAGACCUUAUUGCCGCUCCACAGCUAAAGGUUGUUGGGAAGCAAGGUGUCGGACUUGACAAAGUCGACGUCGAUGCUUGCAAAAAGCACGGCGUCGAGGUCUUUAACACUCCGGGCGUCAAUGCCGGAGCUGUGGCCGAGAUGACUAUGUGUCUUGGGUUUUCCGUUGCUCGGCAAGUCCCGCAGCUGUGUUUGAGGCAGAGAGUGGAAGGCGAGGUGAUCAGAAAGGAGACUGUCAACGGCUUGCUGCUUUCGGGCAAGACCAUUGGCGUUAUCGGCAUGGGGAAUAUCGGCCAGGCCGUUGCCCGCAUGUUUUAUGGUGGCCUUGGAUGUCCGAUCGUUACGUAUGACCCGUAUCAUCCUGGGGGCUCUGGGCCGUGGGACCAUAUCCCACAUACGCGGGUUGACGUUCUGGAUCAGCUGCUACAGCGAUCAGAUGUGGUCACAAUUCAUGUUCCAUUGACACCUUCAACCAAAGGGUUGAUCUCGUACCCGCAGCUACAGAAGAUGAAGCGAUCAGCUGUUCUGCUAAAUACAGCUAGGGGUGGAAUCGUUGAUGAAGAUGACCUGGCCAGAGGCUUAGAGGAAGGUCUAAUAUGGGGAGCCGGAUUUGAUUGUCAUGUUGAAGAGCCUCCGACUAAGAAGACGUAUGAAAGACUCUGGUCACACCCCCAGUUUGUGGGAACACCACACAUUGCUGCCGCCACAGAUGAAACGCAGAUCGCUACCAUCAAUGCAGCCACGGAUAAGGUUUACAAGUUCCUAGUUAGAUGA